CGUACAGUUAUAGUAUUGUAUUAUUUUAUUUGAAUAUCAGUUGGUGUUAAUAUGUACAAUUUGGUAUAAUAAUAAAAGAAGAAAAUAUAUUUGGCUAUAACUUCAAUUUUUAAUGUUAAAGAUAUUGGAAGUGUUUAGUAAACUUAGAAGCAGAGAUUUUAAAAUCGAAAGUAGAAAACUGUUUAAAAAUAUUGUACAAUGGCGUCUAGAAGACUUCAGGAUUCCAACAGAGACAAUGCAGGCGACUUUAUUGGAGAAAGUGAUGUGACACAAUCAUGUGCGCCUUGUAUGAAAACCAACAUAUCGAACACUGCUUCCGUUUUCUGCAAGAAUUGUGAUGAGUUUUUGUGUGAUGCGUGCACAAAACCGCACACCAUAUAUAAACAUGGGACACAUGACAUUGUAAAUGUUCAGGACAAUAAAUAUGAGCCGGUGAUAAUGGAUUUGAAACAAAUGGACACGUGUCAUGAGCACGGACGAGAAAUAGAGUUUUUCUGCCAGGAUCAUUCUAAGCUUUGUUGUAGUUCAUGCGUUCUCAUUCACAGGAAAUGUGAUCAAGUGGAUGAAAUAGCUAAAGUAUCCAGACAAACAAAACCCGAUCUUCAGACAUUAAAACAAUCAUUGAUAAAAUUGCAAUCCGAGGCUGACGCUAUAAUAGCGGGUUGUAACCAGUCAGAGACUGGUUUGAACGAGUCUAUUGCAAAGAUUUCUUCAGAGGUGGAUAAAAUGAGAGAUCGCGUCAUACAUCUAUUUGAAGACGCCAAGCAGAAAUUAAUAACUGAUGCAAAAGAAUUUAAAACUGCAGAAGUCAAACGAAUUGGAAAUAAACGUGACACCUCGUUGAAACUUAAGGAAGAAGUAAAUAAGGUAUUGCAGAUGUGUUGUAUCGUUUUAGAACGCGGGACGCCCAGUCAACAGUAUAUUUAUUUGGAACAAAUGAAGAAUAAACGGAAAACAAUAGAAUCAAACAUAAACGAUCACAGAAAAAUUAAAUGUGCAUCCACAGUGACAGUGUCUUUUCCAAAAAAGCUGACUUUAAUCCUUGAGAUGGGAAGCAAUUUCAUAAAACUGAAUUAUGAUGGCCACAAGACAGUGGACACCAGUAGCAUCAGCCUGGCAUCACCAACGCCUGUCACCCUGGAGUUGCUUGUAUCCGUGGAUCUACCCAAGACUGGAGAUGAUGAAAAUAACCCUUACCUCGCUGGACUGGACUUCCUGCCGGACGGGAGACUGGUAGCCGUGGAUAACAAGAACAUGAAAUGUAUCAUACUGAAUGAGCGACUACAGAGACUUGGAACCCCGUACAAGUUCAAGACUUACCCAUGUAGCGUAGUAUGUGUGUCUCAUGAUACACUGUGUGUAACGUCUGGUGCAUAUAAAGAAGUAUAUCUCCUGUAUGUGAGUACAGACAAUACCAUCACACUGACCAGGGAUAUCAAAACAUCAUCCAAUUUCUUCUCUAUAUGCUGCAUGUCUCCAUCUAACAUGGUCGUUAGUACGUUCGAUGAUCCCCGUCCUGCGAGAAUAAUAUCAGUGGACGGGAUAGAGUCAGACUUUGAUCACUUCCUGACGUUUUCUUUGAAGACGUACAAAAUAGAUGAGAGUAAGUGCACGUAUGUCCAGUCUAAGAACACGUUAGUACUGACUGACCAACUCACUCACACAGUGUACAUGUACGACACCGUGAAUGGCACAUCUAGAGCAGUCACUAAUGAGAACAUACAGGAGCCUCGUGGUGCCGGUGUAGGGCCUGGUGACACGGUGCUGGUGUGUAGUAAGGGUAAGAACUCCAUCGUGCACCUGAGUGUUGAUGGAAACAUUCUCGGUACCUACCCAGUGGAUAUGAGGUACCCGUACAGCAUAGGUUUGUCUAAGAACGGCACUAGGUUGGCUUUGUCUAACACGGCUAAUGGCGCCAUGAAACUUCAGUUGUAUAAGAUAUCACCGGAAAUGCGUUAGGUGACUAGUAAGACGUGAUCCAUGUAAUCAUGCAAUGAUCUUCCAUCAUAUAUAUUAUAAAUGCUCGGGUAUGGUGAUGUUUAAAUCAAUACGGUAUACGUUUUGAUUGAUGAAAACUUAAUAGUGUUGUUAUUCAUUUUUAUUGCACCAGAAUUUAAAACUGCCUAUGUAUUGUGAAUUUAACAUUAUUAAACAUUAGUUUCAAAACACUUAAAAUAACGUCAUUGUUUUACAAAAUACACGGUGCUGGUGUGCAGUAUUAGGAAGCACUCCAUCGUUCACCAUAGUGUUGAUUGGAACAUGAUCGGUAACUACCCAGUGAAUAUGAAGCGUCCUUACAGCAUAUGUGUGUCUAAGGAUGGCACUAGGCUGGCAGUGUCCAACAGAUUACUAGGUUACAAGAAACUUCAUUUGUAUAAGAUAUCACCGGCCAUGAGUUAGAUGACUAGUAAGAUGUUAUCCAUGGGAUCAGGCUUUCUACACAAUUAUUUAAUACUGAUUUUCGUGAAUUGAUGUUGUUAAAUCAACUCGUAAUACUAUUAUGUUUAAAGAAAAUUGAAUAGUGUUGUUAUAAGAUUUUAUCGCUGAAGAAUUUCGAAAUAUUUCGAACUAGCAAUGUAUUUUGCAUUUGUUAUUAUGUAAAAUGUGUUUGUAUACAUAACUUCGAGAAAUGUUACAUUGUAUAUUUGAAUGAUUUUAAAUGUAUUGUGUAUGUAAUGCUAUUUAUAUUGCCUUUCAUGCAACUAAACCGGUGUGUACGGUAGUUAUGCGCGUUAAGUAUUUCUAAAUGAAUGUUGUUGUGUGUUUUUUUAACAUUACUAUGCAUAUAUUUUCUUAAAGGGUCCGUUCACCAGAUUUUGGCAUGUAUUGAAGCAUGUCAUUAAAUGCUUUAUAUUGAUAAAUUUAUACAUUUAACCUAAAAAUUCCCAGUAAAAAAAGCACAAGAAUACAAUUUUAAAAAAGGAAAAAAAUAACUCUCAACAGGGCUCGAACCACUGACCCCUUGAGUCCUGGAGUAAAAAGUCUUCCGCAUUUACCACUCUAGUACUCUACCAUCCAUGCUCAUGCUUAGAGCAGAUGUAUUUUUUACCUUAGUAUAUAAGCAAUCCUCAUAGUUUCCCAAAAUAUAACUACAACAACAGAACUUUCCAAAUUAUUCAAUCGUUUCGCGUCGCACGACGCUUUAUAACUUUCAGGUUUUCAAAUCGUCAAAAGAUGCAUAUUAUAGAUAUUUAAGAGCUUGGUAAAUGUUCAGUAUUACUAUUUCCUCAAAAAUAUCAUAACAAAAACGAAAAUUUGCGAAUCUAAAACAACUUUUUUAUAAUUUUGUCAACUUACCAAUCUGUUGGACGGCCCAUUUAAAGCCACACACAUUGAAAUGAAAUACAUGGCAUAGCAAAUUAAGAAUAAAUAAGAAACAUUUUUUAUCUAUGCCAAUUAGAAUAUAUCUGGUGGUUACAAGUUAUAAAUCCGCCUCUUUUGCGCUUUAAAAUAAUCGCGUUUGUCGAAAUGGACGUAUACGUCUAGAAAUCCUACUUUCAGUUUUAAAAUCGGUACCGUUUGAAAAAUAACAAAUUACUUGCUAACGAAGAUAAAGAUUUAAUUUUAUCUAUCUCAAUUAAAAUAUGUCUGAUGGUUACAACAUAGAAAUCCGUCUUUUUGCGCUUUAAAACUUACAAAUAAUCGCGUUUGUCGAAAUGUACGUAUACGUAUAGAAAUCCUACUUUCGGUUUUAAAAUAUAAACAAAACAAAUGUAUGACUUGCUAGCAAGGCUUUAGAUUUAAUGACAAUUUUGCACACUUUAAAAUUGCAUCUAUAUGUAUUGAUUAACAUGUACUUCAUUUCAAGGUGUUGGCUUUAAUACCAUGCAAGGAAUUGUGCGUUCUCUCAAAAUAAUGCUUGUUUUUGUUUAACGUACAUUGGCCACUAUAUAAUGAUAAACAAAAGUCGACUAGGACUAGAAUUUCCAGCAUGUCACCUGUGCCUGUAAAUAGUCUUGGAAGCCUUGAAUCGUUAUAAUGUAAAGGAUACUAUAAAAGCCGUUAAUUUCAGUUGUUGUUUGUUUUAAAAUUAAUUAGCAAAACGACAAUAUCAAAUUAAUUCUAGACUCAUCUUAGCUGUGUUAUAAAUGUAUUUUACAAUUAAUUAACUUGCACUGUGUAACGAUUUUAUGUAUUCGUGAAUUACUGGGGCCGAGAUAACACACGCUUUAAUUGAAAACUUUAUAAUACAUAACGCUCUGAUCAGACAUUCCCAUAGCAACGUGCUGAGAAUGAUAAAACCGAGGAUUCGAGUAAGGUAGUAAACCCAUCAUAUUCAAUGUUGAGAACAUUUCUUUACAAAUCAUAUUGUUAUAUUAUUUUCUUGAAUCAAUAAUAAAUGUAAAAAAGUUUGUCUGCUGUCCGAUUUCGAUCCGGGACAACUUGUUUUCAAAUCGAACGCUCUGCUACGGAGGCCCUAAUAUCGUGUUUAACCCAUUUAUGCCCAGUGGACUCUCCCAUCCUUCGAAAUUGGAUCAAUUUAUUUCCAAAAUUAGGAAUGUCUAGUAUAUUUAUUUCUAUAAUUAGAAUAUUUCGUACAGAAAUUCCGUUAAGCAAACAGCGUAGACCCAGAUGAGACGACGCUGUUUGCAUCAGGCCUUUUUUCUAGACGCUAGGCAUAAAUGGGAUCUAAGAACCCCUAUCUUGUUUUGAUUCUGCCUAAUUCGUAUGGUUAUAUACAUAUACGCAUGUUUUCUUCAAUUUAAAUUGCAUGUAGUUCAUUUUUAACUUUAAUCACUUCCCACGACUUUGAUUAAAAAUGUACAUCUUUAUAUGUUAAGAAAUGUAUUCCAAUCACGAUCAUAAAAGGUACGGGCGGCUACGAUUUCGUCGCAAUUACCCGGAAAUUAACGAACUUAAGAAAGUUCGAAUAUCUUAAAUGGUGAAAGUCACAUGUAUGCAUUUACCGUGUAUGUCUAUUAAGAUAUGAUUUUAGUUAUGCGUUUCUUACAACAUUUAUGAUAUCACCUUUUACAACUUGGUCAAUGAAUAGCAUGAACACCCUAUUUCCAAUGCCAUGAUGCGUAUAUUAUAUUACAUAACGAUGUACUUUUAACUCAUAUAGUUGUGUCAUUUGUCACGGCUUUUAAUUUCUGGAAAUGUUAACUUGUUUGUUUUGCCUCACGAAUUUGUGAAUAAAAUUUGUAUAUAUAAAAA